AGGUCCAUUGCAAUUCCUCUGAAAAUAAAAAAUGGAGGAAAUUGGUGUAUUGAUGACGACUCCAAUGUUCUCUUACCUAGAAGAUGAACUUGAAAAGCGUUUCAAACUCUUCAGACUAUGGAAAGCUUCAUCCAAAGAUCAACUUCUGAAUCAAAUUUCUCAAUCGAUCCGAGCCGUAGUCGGAAACACUUCAAUCGGAGCCGACGCCGCCCUAAUAGAUUCAUUGCCGAAUCUAGAGAUCGUUUCCACUUACAGCGUCGGAUUGGACAAGAUCGAUUUGGAAAAGUGUAGAUCCAGAAAUAUUAGGGUUACAAACACCCCUGAUGUAUUGACGGACGACGUAGCCGAUAUUGCUGUUGGACUUGCAUUAGCAACUUUGAGAAAGAUAUCUUCUUCAGAUUCAUUUGUCAGAAAUCGUCUUUGGAUGAACGGCGAUUUCCAUCUCACUAAUAAGUUCAGUGGGAAGUCAGUAGGGAUUGUUGGAUUAGGCAGGAUUGGUUCUGCCAUAGCCAAGAGAGUUGAAGCAUUUGGUUGUCAAAUAAGUUACCAUUCCAGGUCAAAGAAACUACACACACCUUACAAAUUCUAUCCAGACAUUGUAACCUUAGCUGCAAAAAGUGAAAUCCUUUUCAUCUCUUGUUCCCUAACAAAAGAAACCCAUCACAUAGUCAAUCGCCAGGUGAUAGAUGCAUUAGGUUCAAAUGGAAUUCUAAUCAACAUAGGAAGAGGGCAACAUGUUGAUGAACCCGAGCUUGUGUCUGCCUUGAUUGAAGGUCGGUUAGGAGGUGCCGGGCUUGAUGUGUUUGAGGAUGAACCUGAAGUGCCUGAAUUAUUAUUGGGUCUUGAUAAUGUUGUUCUUCUUCCCCAUGUUGGGAGUGAUUCAAUUGAGACUUGUAUAGCCAUGGCUGAUCUUGUUAUUGAUAACUUAGAAGCUCAUUUCAAGAAUAAACCACUUUUGAGUCCUGUUUAGGAAUUUCUUAUUUGCAAACCAUCAUUUGUGUUUCUUAAGUUAUUUCAAGACAAGGACAAUGUCAAACACAUUACAAAUGAAGAUCUACCAAUAGACUAUAUACAGAAUCAGCAAUUUGGGUUCCUCUAGUUUGAAGCACCUUUGAAGAUGAGAAAGUUGAGAGUCUGGAUAGUGAAGUAGAUGAAAGUUCCUUUUGUAUGAGUAAAGAAGCAGCCAAAGUUUGAUCCCACCACACAUUGCCAUCCUCCUCCAUAUCUCAUGUCCAGUUCCUGA